AAUGUUUCUAUCCAUGCUUCAACUACUUUUGGCUUUCGUUUUUUUGUUCAGCGUUUACUUCGGUUCGGCGUAGGAAAAUUAAGAAACGUCGUCCACACGGAAUUUUAAUUACCAGCGGCUAAUUUUGAUAAUUACGUUGCUCAAGCAAAUUACGUUUCAGGUCGUUUAUUCUUCUAUGUGUGCAAUUACUUAAGUAAACUCCUUGGAUAUCAUAUUGAAGAGUUAAUCCUUGAAGCAAGCGUAAUCAUAUGACCAAGUCUAGUUGCCAAACUGCUGAGGCAUGGCGGAAGAGAAUUCGACUUCAGCGUUUUUCAUCAACAUAUAUCCAUUCGAUAUUGAUGCGGAGUGCACAGACAUACAUUCCAUCAACUCUAGUCUACAAUGUUUUUUUGCCAUGACUAUAGAAGAUUGUGUUGAAAUCAUAGAGUAUUUAGAUUACAACUACUAUGUUUUUUGCACAUUCGGUGUCCAACAUAUCAUACCUUCUACUUUUACAUUGCUUUUGUGGCUUGCGAUGCUAUUCAUUGCUUUAGGCGUCACAUCAAAUUAUUUUUUAUGUCCUGCUUUAUUUACCAUAUCGAAUCACCUAGGAUUAUCACAAAACGUUGCUGGCGUAACGCUACUAGCGUUUGGCAAUGGUUCGCCUGACAUCUUCUCAUCAGUAGCUGGUCUACAGAAGGCAUCUGCAGAGCUUGCUGUUGCAAGUUUAGUAGGUGCGGGUGUUUUCGUCACAUCAGUUGUUGCAGGUGCUGUGUUCCUAACUCAGCCGUUCAGUUUAAUGAGUCGCCCAUUCCUGAGGGAUGUCGGAUUUUAUUUGGUUGCUAUUGGCUGGACGUUUGGACUCUUCUUCACGGGGAGAUCCUAUUUAUAUCAUGGCAUUGGCUUCGUCGUGCUGUACUUCUUCUAUAUUGUUGUGGUCUUGAGUAGCCGUGCUAUCUACGUAAGAGGACAAAAGCAAAAAGAGAAGACGUCUACAACAGAAAACAGUAAUUGUGACAAGGAAAAACCUGAAAAAGAACCGAACAAAAAAAAAGGAGAUGAAGAAGUGUGCAAGGUUAAAAAUAAAAGUUUUGAUGACGAAUCAGAAGGAAAAGCUGUUGUACUGAAAGCUUUUUACUUCGGUGGUUUUGAGUGGUUGGAUGGACGUCGCCUAUCCAAAGCGAAUCUAGCUCUGGAAUCUCGCCGACUUUCAAUGAACAAACUCAGUUUAUACACGAUUGAAAACAACGGUAAUAAUAAUGGCAGCUGUCAGUCCAUUCAAAGCUACGGAAUGUCUUCAACAGAGAAGUUAAGUCCUCUAGUCCCAGAAGACAGAGGAGAGUUUUGGCAUUUCUUAGUCAAAGUUUGCCCAAUCAAUACCAAAAAAUGGCAGCAGCUCGUUUGGUGGAAGAAAGCCGUAGCGCUAAUAAAAAGUCCAGCAAUACUCAUAAUGAAGUUGACGGUACCAGUACUAGAUACCAGCGAGGAAGAUUUCAACUGGAAUCGCUUUCUGAUAUGCACCCAGUGCAUAACCGGACCCAUUUUCAUAAGUUUGGUUAGUGAAUAUGCUUUUUUUAUGAUUGGUGGCGUCUUUCCAGUUUUCCUGCUAUUAUUCUGCAUUAGUGUGUGCUGUGCAGCAUUAGUGUAUUGCACAUCCGAGCGUCAUAUCCCUCCGACAUACCACUGGCUAUUUGCAUAUCUGGGUUUUGCAGUUGCAGUCACGUGGAUCUAUUGCCUGGCGAAUGAAAUAGUCGCUCUGUUGCAGGUGUUUGGAGUGAUAUUCAAUCUAAGCGAUUCUAUUCUGGGUUUGACUAUACUGGCAUGGGGAAAUUCUCUCUCAGACUUUCUUUCAAACUUAGCUGUGGCACGGAAAGAAUAUCCGAGGAUGGCCAUUUCUGCCUGCUUCGGAGGACCCCUUUUAGCUCUGCUCUUGGGCUUGGGUGUUCCUUGCAUAAUUGAAAUUGUAAAAGGCCGGGUGCCUCCAAAAUAUCCGCUGACUUUCUCGGCACAAUUUGCUUUUCUGUUUUUCACCAUUGGGCUAGGACUGGUUGCCACCGCAGCGCUGAUGAGUUUCUGGAAGUUCCAAACGAAAAGGAUAUACGGAGCCUUCUUGAUUACGUUAUAUAUAGCAUUUGUGACUCUGUCUUUGCUUGAAGAACUCCGCGUGUUCACCAUUUCACUCUGAGGGACCAUUUGCUGAGCGGGAGAACGAUCUCCGUACCCCUACCAAGACAAAUGCAGGAAAUUUGUCUUGGUAGGGGUAAAAAAUAGCAGCUGAACGAAUGAGAGAAAGUUGAAUGCAGCAGUUGUGCAAAUCCAAAGCAGUGGCUGAAUAAUCAAAAAGUCUAGAGUUGAAUUGAUGAAAAGAAAAACAGAGGAACAGGAAGAAAUUUUUCUGAUGAACUCUUCAUAGUGAAGACUGUUAUUUCAUAUGUGCGCAAAAUACAAUAUUGGAAACAUGCUUAAUCAUUGUAAAAAAUAAAGAAAAAAAACCCGCAUUAAACUUGUAGAAAAAACAUGUGUACGUUUUAAGUUCAAGUGUAUAUUG